GCGGCCAAGCCCGGGAGGCGGAGGCGGGACGCGGGAGGCGGUGGCGGCUGUGCGCGCGGAGACGUAGCAGCGGCAGCAUGUCGGCCGGCGGAGCAGUCCCGCCGCCCCCGAACCCCGCUGUGUCCUUCCCGGCGCCCAGGGUCACCCUGCCCGUUGGCGCCGACAUCCUGCGGACCUACUCCGGAGCUUUCGUCUGCCUGGAGAUUGUGCUGGGUGGACUUGUCUGGAUUUUGGUUGCUUCCUCCAAUGUUCCUCUACCUCUGCUCCAAGGAUGGGUCAUGUUUGUGUCCGUAACGGCUUUCUUCUUUUCCCUUCUCUUCCUGGGCUUGUUCCUCUCUGGUAUGGUGACUCAGAUUGAUGCCAACUGGAACUUCCUGGACUUUGUCUACCACUUUGUAGUGUUUGUCUUCUACUUUGGAGCCUUCCUGCUAGAAGCGGCAGCCACCUCCCUGCAUGACCUGCAGUGCAAUACAACCAUGACUGUGCGACCGCUCCUGAAUGACAACCAGUACAACGUCAAUGUGGCAGCCACAGUUUUUGCCUUCAUGACGACAGCUUGUUAUGGUUGCAGUUUGGGUCUGGCUUUGCGAAGAUGGCGACCGUGACACUCCCUGGAGACUGACAGUUGUGUGCUAGCUUCAUUUGUCUGCUUUCUAUGUCUGAUCACUUGGGUACCAUUUGUCCCAGUAUAACAUUCCAAGCAUCAUUUGCUUUGUCCAGAGAGAACCGAAGGGAAAGCUGUGGUUUGUUACGUUGGUGGGAUUUUAAAUUCAUUCUGAUGCCAGAGAAGUAUCUUUUCAUUUUUUCAUCUCUCUUUUCUUUUUAAAUACAUCUCCCCCUGUGUAUUCGUAAAACAUGCACUGUUCACAAAACAAUAGUAUCCCUUUUGUUUCUUAAGUCACCUGGACUUUAAUAAUAGUAAAUAACUAAAACAAUAUAUCCCAAGCAGGCUUCUCAUUGAAUUCUAUAUCUAACGUAAAACAGGGAAUGAUACACAUCUUUUUGUUACAAAAGGGCCAGAUAGCACUUAUGUAGGCCAUAUGGUUUCUGUGGCAAUUGUUCUGUCCUGUAGUAACAUAAAAGCAGUUAUAGAUGUCAUGUAAAUAAAUGCACAUGUCUGUGUCCUAACAAAGGUUUAUUUACAAAAAGGAAGCAUGCCUGGAUUUGGUCCACAGACCACAAUUCAGUCAACUACUGCCAUAUAUUGAAUUAAUCAUGAAAGUUUCUCAACCUCAUUAGACAGGCCACAUAAUAUAUUUUGUUUCAUCAUGCAAUAAUCACAUUGCCUUUUGCUAAUAGUCAGAUUCUUACCCUUGGAAGGGCAUGCAGUUUGUCAAGCAAACCCCAGCAGAGCCUUGGGUGUAGAGAAAAGAAAGUAUGAAGUAAAUUCCAAGCUAAUGAUUUCCAAACAGCUCAGCAAGAUCUCACAUGAGAGUGCUUAAGACAAGAUCCCCAGAGGCAAUCACUACUGGAACUGGUGUCUUGUGCUGAUGUCUUAUUUUGGUUUAUUUAUGACAUAGAAUGGUUGUUUGCCCUGUGCAUGAAUAUAUAAAUAUUUAUGUAUGUCAAACUUUUCCAAAUAGCUCUCUGAAGAGUUGAAUUUUUACUUCUGGUUGUUUUUGUUUUUACUUUCUGAUUUAAAUUUGAGUAGAAUAUUAACUAUCACGUAAAGCUAUAGAUUCUUAUAUGCUUUGAUAAUAGCCAAGAUAUCUAUGUUGCAUUUACAUUGGUGUCAGACAGACAAAGUCAGUUUAAAACAACAGCCAACGCAAAAGCUAGCUCUGACUGAAUAGCACAAGAAAAUAAUCCUAAUUCACCUAUUGACAUCAUGGGCUUGGCAAUGUACCACAAAUGGCUUGAAUCAAGAACAAAUUAGAGCUAGGUAGGCCACAGCUCCCACCGUAUUCCCAUACAAGCUACCUGUCCGUUGCUUUAGUGGGGGCUGCCUCCAGAAAGGGGGCUUGAGGAUUGUGUUCUAGCUGACCCAUCGUCUAAGAAUACCAUGGGCUGUUGGAGUAUUGGAUCUCAUGGAACACGGAGGAAACCAUGAAUGAACAACAUAACCAAUGUUCAGUAGUAUAACCGGUGGCCAAGUGCUGUUUAUCUAGUACUCCCCCAGAAGAAGUACAUACGGGGCUUCACUUUGUGAUACAGCUAAAGAAGAAAUGCUCUUCAGUAUGUAGCAUGAAGGGAUCAAUCUCACAACCUUACAAGUCAUGUCUUAUCUCUUCUAUGAUCCCCUACUUCCUUCAUCUUCUCCAACUCCAGGCCACACACCAAAAAUAUGUAUUGCAAAUUUUAUAUUAUUGAAGUCAUAAAUGUGCCAUAAAUAUACAUUGUACAUUGUACUUGGAAUCACUAAAAUGCAAUACACUAGAAUUUAGUUGAGAUUUUAUUGUUUCCCAAGGUGGAACAGGAUGUGCUCGGUGUGGUAUUAACUUAAAUGAAUUCAUUCAGAUGUGUUGGAGGUACUUUUGUUAAUGGAUUCUUCUAGAUUAGUAAGGCUCGAACCCAAAGCUCACUAACUAUGAAUCCUUACAUCUGUAAAAUGAUUGCAUUCUACAUGUGUGAGCUGUGUGCAUGACAAAGCACUUGAACAAAAAUGAUGGCAUUUAAGAAUCUGUACAUGUCUUAACUGUAAAAAUGAGAAAGUGUUGCUCUUAAAAUCUGAUAAAUUUAUUUUAUAAGUGUUAUGACUCUAAUAAAGUAUUCAUUUGAUAA